AUGGAUUAUGAAAAUAUCAAUGAAAUUUUACCAAAGCCAAUAAAUUAUUUUACUGAUUGGAAUCAAAGCACAGAAAUUAAAACUAUGCGUAACCAUGAGAAUACAAUCAUGACAAAAACAUCAAAACAGCUACAUUUUUCAAUUGAUGCCUUGUUAGAUGAUGAGGAUGUUGAAGAUGACAUUAAUGGUGACGUUAAUGACGGUGAUCAUGAGGAUGACGGCGAUGACGGAGAUAACGAAAACAUGGACGCUGACGAUUACACUCAUUGUCGUCAUCGUUUAAAUAGUUCUGACGAAAAUAACUCAGAGCUCAAUAAUAUUAAUAUUGACAACAUUAGUACUAAUGAUCCUGAUCAUCAUUUCAACAGAACCACAACUACAUUAUUCAAUGAAAAUCAAGUUAGUGAUAAUAAAUCCCCUGGGAAAUAUAACAAUGAAAAAUCUAUGAAUAAAUUGAAAAAACGUCAUGACAACAAAUUGCCACGAAUAAAUCAAACUAACAAAAUAUCAACAAAUUUAUCAUUUCAUAAUUACACAAAUAAAGAUACUACUGAUAAUCAUAUAAGUAAUAGUAAUGGUAGUAGUAAUCAUAUUGUCAAUGAAAGAAAUCCUCAUCAACAAAUGUCUUAUUUUAAAAAACAUGAUUUUUUUAAUUCAUUGCAUGAAUUGUCAUUCAAUGAUUAUUUAACAUUUAGUAAUGGUGGGAUUGGAUCUCGAUCAAUUCCACAAAAAUGUACAUUACGUAAGCAUAAACCAAAUCGUCGACCAAGAACACCAUUUACAACUCAACAAUUAUUAGCAUUAGAAAGGAAAUUUCGUCAAAAACAAUAUUUAUCUAUUGCAGAAAGAGCAGAAUUUUCAAAUAAAUUAACAUUAACUGAAACACAAGUAAAAAUCUGGUUUCAAAAUCGUCGUGCUAAAGCGAAACGUUUACAAGAAGUUGAAACUGGCAAGUAUAAUUUAUCACCGAAUGAAAAUUUAGAAUCCGUUCUAAUUGCAGCCAUAUCAACAGCAAAUCAAUUGUCACAGUUUGACACGACAAAUAGUAAUAAUCAUAAUCGUAAUCAUAAUGAUAAAAAUUAUUCAGGAUCCAUAGAUGAUGAGAUGACAUCAUUUCAUACAGUUCCAAUAUCCCCAGCAGCACCACCACCCCCCUCAUCAUCAUCAGCAUCACCAACUCCUCAAUUCACUUCAUCCACAUCAGUUAUUUCAUCGUCGAAGUUUCCACAUCAUCACUCUGUAUCCGCCAAUUCUCGAAUACCAGCAUCUUCCAAUUCACCUCAUUCACCUAUUCAUCAAUAUUUAUGUUCAUGUAUUUCACCGACUCAUCAAUGUACGAAAGAGAAUUGUCACAAUCUUUCUACACCUUGUUUAAUGACAUCAUCAUCAUCAGCAGCAACAAAUUCCUUAUCACCAGCAUCUACUGAUCAAUUUCACACACUGAGUCAUCAGCUGAACAGUAAUACUAAUGCUACUACUAAUACUACUAAUAAGAAUCAUUUCAAAGUACAAUCAAAUCACGACUGUGAACAGUUUUCAUUGAAUCCUAAUCAAUUAAAUUUAUCACCUAAUCAUAAUUUGUCGCAUCAUAUUCAAUACAAUAAUGAGACAUUGAGCUCUAAUCACUUGCCAUUAUUAACAGCUGGUCAGAAUCACAAUAAUAAUAAUAAUAAUCAUACUAAUAAUAGUAAUAAUAAUAAUACCAGUAUUAUUUAUACUCAAACUAAUAAUCAUAGCAUGCCUAGUACAAUACAGAAAACAUCAAAACAUACAAUAUCUUAUUUUUCAAAUGGUCAACGAGCUGACAGUCAACAACAUGUAAUAAAUCAUGAUAAAACUAUAAAAAACGAUACUAAUAAUAAUCAUAAUCUUGCGAAAAAUGACUCCAUGAUUGAUUUUCAAUCAAUCAUGAAUCAUUUCUAUUAUUCAGCGAAUAAUUCCGACAAAACAAAUAAUUUGAAAACUAUUGAAACAUUGAAUAAUACUGAUCCAUUGUCAUUGUUCUAUGCAGCAAAUCAUUAUUAUUAUUAUUAUCAUCAACAAUUGAAUCAAAAUCAUGCUUCAAUUGAUCAUAAUUCAAACAAUCCACAAUCAUUGUUACAGCCUGUAACGAAUACUGAUCAUAUCAGAAUUGGGACACUGUUAGAUCAUAUUCCUAAAGAUGAUGAUUCUUUCUUACAUCAAUCAAGCAUAACAGAUAAAUCCACAGAGUCUAUGUCAUCCAAUCUUCCAUCACUGACAUCCUCAUUACCAGUUACAUUAUCAACAACAUCAAUUUCUGGUUGUUGUAGUACUUCAGCUCCCAAUUCCUCAUCAUCUAUAUCAACAGAUAAACAAAAGUUAGCACAAGAUCUUGUCCAGAUGUUUUACUCUUCAACAUUGAAUUCAUUCAAUCAACAACAAUCAAUUUCACCACCACCUACUAGUUCUUCAUCAUUCACAUCACAAGAUUUACAUGAUUUCAAUUGUUUUUUAUUUAAACGACUUUUCACUGAUGAUGAUGAUGAUAUUCUUCUGUCCAAUCAAACAAUGAAUUCAACAAAUUCAACAUUGAAUCCAUCGACAUUUUCAAAAUUUAUUCCUUCUGCGUUACAAUUAUCAACAUUUAUGAAUUGUUUAGGGAAUUUUAAUUCAACUCAACAAUCAUUCAUUCAUUUCACGUCUUCAUUGUUUCCGUCAUCAUCAUCAUCAUCAUCAUCUACUCAUUCAUCAGUUGUGUUUUCUUCGGAAAGUAACAAUUCUUUUGAAAAUCCCACUAUAACAUCGAUUGCAAAGAUGAAUUUACCUUCAUUUAUUCAAUGUCCAACAUCUUCUGUAUUGUUAGCGGCGGAAUUUCAAACCAAUGUCAAUGAACAACAUUUUAAACAAAAUACCACUAAUAAUAAUAAUAGUAGUAUGAAUGAUAAUCAUCAUAAUUGCAAUAAUGAUACACUGAUUCCAAUUUGA